AUGGCGGUCAAGGCAGCUGUGACCGCCGGCGAUGGGUGUGUGCUGAAGCAUGGUCAAGAUCUGAAGGAGAAGAACGGGACCAAAAGGAAAGCAGAGGAGGCGCCGGAAGGCGACGAAUCUCCACUGAAGGUCUGCUCCAUCAGAAGGAAAGCAGCCGGGAUCGACUGCUCUGAGCUUGAGCAGGGAGCAACACCGGCGGCGGCGGCGAGAAAGAUGACGAGGCUGCCGCAGGAGGAGGUGGAUUCCAUCCUCGCCGAGGAGAUGGACGACGACCGUCUCCCUCCCGAGUACAAGGCCCUGAAGCGCCACAACCCUGACCUGAUUCCUUCGCCGGAAGAGGAGAUGGACGAGGACGUGGUGAGCUUCUACGACGUCGUGCGCGAGUUCUACGAGAUUGGAGAGGAUUUCAGGGAGUUCCAGGCCUGGGUCCGCGCCGAGUACGCCAAGAACGGCUACGUCGAGGUGGAUGAUGAGUACCUGCGCCAUCAGAAGGAGAUGGAAGCAAUGAACGAAGAAGCACGCAAGGAGGCACUCAAAGGCUUCGAUUUUUCAGGCUUGCUCGACUUGUAA